AUGACUACUGCCAGAACCACCACCACCGAGGCGCGGCGGCAANNNNGUAGUACUCAGGAGAAGAAGGGAAUUAUGGUUCUCGAGAUUGCCGAUAGUGAUUUCAAGAAGCUGUUCCGUACGCCGGUAUUCUUGACUGAACUUCACAUCAAGACUUUGCUAUAUAAUCUUCUGGUCGGAGUCAAGUACCUUCAUUCGGCUGGGAUACUUCACAGAGAUUUGAAACCUGCAAAUUGUCUAGUCAACCAGGACUGUUCGGUGAAGAUCUGCGACUUUGGAUUAUCGAGGGCUAUAGGGAUGGAAAAACAGCUGCACUUACAGCAGUUGCCUAAUACUCCAAGAGAGAUCGAUGCUGAGGACGGAACUGCUGAGGCUGCAUCGUCGCUCGCUGCUGGCCCGAUUGUCCCUCACACCCAAAACCUCAAGAGACAGCUUACUGGUCAUGUCGUCACGAGAUGGUAUCGAGCACCGGAGCUGAUACUACUAGAGGAGAACUAUGGUGAAGCAAUAGAUGUUUGGAGUGUUGGUUGUAUCUUUGCUGAACUCCUAGGUAUGAUGAAGGAAAACGUCGCGUUCCCAUCGGAUAGAGGUCCGCUCUUCCCCGGUAGUAGCUGCUUUCCACUUUCCCCUGAUCACAAACAUGCUACUGAUUACAAGUUUCAUACUCGGGGUAACCGAGAUCAGCUGAAUAUGAUUUUCAAUAUUUUGGGCACACCGUCUGAUGAGGAUAUCGAAGAACUAGAGAAAGAAGAUGCUAAGAGGUACAUUAGAUGCUUUACGCGUCGCGACGGAACUGGCAUCAGGGAUAAAUUUAGGGGUUCUUCUCCUGAGGCAUUGGACAUCCUAGAUCGCAUGCUCGUUUUCAACCCUCGUAAACGUAUUACCGUCGACGAGUGUCUCGAGCAUCCGUUCUUCAAGGGUAUUCGGGGAAUCGAGACCAUCGCGAAAGAUGAGGUCUUCCUUCAAUUCGAGCUCGAGCCUGAGUUAGAUGAGAUGCAGCUUCGAAAGUACUUCGUAAUGGAGAUGCAAAAGUUCCACCCGGAUGUUCCAAUGCCGGCUCGAUUCCAACGCAUCUAGAUUCGUUGGCCAUGUUGAUGAUGGAGGCGAUUAUUGAAGUACCACUUUUUCUACUAAGAACAAUUUGCGUGGUUGUUGAUGCUGCUACUGCUGCUGCUGCUGGUCGUUAUGAUUCGAUGUUCUUGCCAUCCGUUGCGUCGGCAAAAUGCAGAAUAGGUGCUGCCUCGGUCAUCACUGUUUGCUGAUGGUAGUGCUAUUGGGGCAAAACAAGAUCAAGCUGUUUUUUAUUCAAUCGAUAACUAUCAGUCAACUGCAGCUCAUA